UUGGCUGGGCUGUAUCCAUGGCAACAGCCCAGGGCUCCGCCUGCACUCGGGCUGUGUCCGGGCGGAAGGGGGCUCUGGUGCUCUGCUCCAUCCCCCUGAGCUUCCUCCUGGAUACAGACUCUGGCCGAGAGGCGGUGACACGCAGGUGCAGCCGCAAACCCGCCAUAGGCGGCUGGCUGCACCUGCAGACAGAGACACCUGCAAGCAGAGACACCUGCAAGCAGAGACACCUGCAGACAGAGACACCUGCAAGCAGAGACACCUGCAGACAGAGACACCUGCAGACUCAGACACCUGCAAGCAGAGACACCUGCAGACAGAGACACCUGCAAACAGGGACACCUGCAGACAGGGACACCUGCAGACAGAGACACCUGCAGACAGGGACACCUGCAGACAGAGACACCUGCAGACAGGGACACCUGCAGACAGAGACACCUGCAGACAGGGACACCUUCAGACAGGGACACCUGCAGACAGGGACACCUGCAGACAGAGACACCUUCAGACAGAGACACCUGCAAACAGGGACACCUGCAGACAGAGACACCUGCAGACAGAGACACCUGCAAACAGAGACACCUGCAAACAGGGACACCUGCAGACAGGGACACCUGCAGACAGAGACACCUGCAGACAGGGACACCUGCAGACAGAGACACCUUCAGACAGAGACACCUGCAGACAGAGACACCUGCAAACAGGGACACCUGCAGACAGAGACACCUGCAGACAGAGACACCUGCACCCGUGAGGCUGUUCCAGCUUUAUUUACACGCACCACAUCUGAAAACACAAACAACUGGAAGUUUUCCUCUUGGGAAAACCUUCGCGGAAGCACGGACGACCUGCAGUCUGUUCAGCUCACCACAGGAUGACAUCAUCGUCUGACAUGUGGCGGGAAAAGUGGCUAAAUAAGUUUCAUGACAUGACAAAACCAAACCACAAAGUGAUCGAUGUAAUCAUGUUUUAGGAAUUAAAAGUGCAAUAAAAACCCAAACUUAAACCCUUCUGUAAAUAAACAAAAGUUUGUGUUUUUCUACAAGAACAUUUGAAUAAAUCAAAUUGUUUUUUACUGACAUUUACAACAGUUGGGUUUUAAAGAGGUUCAGUCUUAUCAAAGUUGACAUUUUUGUUUUAUAACUUAGGUUGAAGUAAUAAAACUCUUUAUUGAAACAAA